CGACUCGCCAAAUUCUUUGCGAGGAUGCGGCACAACGUGGGAGAAUUACAGUUUCGACCAUGUCACAUCAAUACUUCCCAGAUCCACACAUUUUGCACGACGUACUUCCGCUUCAGACUUCUUUCGCGUCCAGCGCGAUGCACAACUUACCAUACACCCGUCGCACACGUCUUGCUGGCUUUUGGCAGGUCUGCUUGGCACUCGAGAGAGCUUCUUCAUUGCUCAUCGACAUUUCAUGCUUGGUCUUAGUUUUACCGAAGACUUCCGCCAGGCAGUUUCUAUGAUCUUCAAUCUGUCUCCGUAUCUGCUCGCUGACGCGUACGACAUUGUCACGAAACGGCUAGAUGCCGGAUGCUCUCAAAACUCUGACCCCGAAAACAUGGACUUCGCGCUCGGUUCGAGUUGUCUACAAACAUUCUCGCAACUAUCAUCGUCAUCAAUUUCCAGAUGGGAGGAAGCUGCUCUAUGUGCGAUGCUUGGGCAGCUUUUGCUCGCUUAUACUGCAAUGUCACCUCUGGGGACAUCUACUCGUCACGUUACUCGGGCAACUUUACUCGCGAUCAGAGAUUGGUAUCCAGCAAUGCUUGAGCAUCCUCGGCUGCACACCCUGCUCAUAACUCUGGUUUGCGUCGACACCAUCGAUUGCCUGCUUCGACGGGAUUUGCCGAUCCUGCGGCUUCCGACGUUGAGCCGGCCCUCGUGCGACAGGCUUGCCGGCGUCUGUACCUCCUUACUGCCGUUACUCUAUGACCUAUGCGAAUGCAGCUAUCGCAUGAGAGUGGAAGUCUUGCCCACGAAAAUCUCUCGAGGUAGUCAAGACGAGCACGAUCCAUACUCUGACGUCGAACAAGGAAUACACGACUGGACACCAUCAACACCGCCAGGGUUCUGGGCCGACUAUACAGCACAGGAGCAGAAAGCCAUGUUCGUCCAGGCUCGCACAUAUCGUCUGGCAGCUCUUCUUAUCAUUCACCGCUUGCGCUUCCCCUUGGGCAUCCAAGGCACCGCGGCGAGAUCCCUUGCUUCCGCGAUCUUAGACGACAUCGCCGAGCUGAAGUCGUGGCCGCCGGACGGUGCCACGGGCUUAGGAUUGGAUUUUCCGCUGCUUGUGGCCGCGGUAGAAAUGCCGCAGCGUGGAGUUGAGCUAUUUGGAUCGUUCGACAGACUACGCUUCCGGAAACGACACCUUGAUAGGAUAGAGGACUUUGUCCGCACGUUGCACGAGGCAAGAGGGAACCAGUAUUCAGGAUCAUGGCUGGACUUUGUGGAAGACCAUUUUGUGGGAGAUCUGUUACCUUGA